AUGUCAAUUGAACAAGGAAAAGCAUUACCAAUGAAUAAACGUCUUCUUAAACGUACACCAAGUCAAUCGGAUAUUGCUGCAUUUAAAGAUUUAACAAAAAUUGAUGCACUUACAACAUUACAAAAAUCAUUAAAUAAACUUGUAUUAACGGCUCCAUCUCAAACACAAAAAGAAGUUCGAAUUGAAUUCGAUGGAUUUGAACAAUUAUUUAAUCGUUAUUUACAUGAAGGUGUUGAUCAAUCAUCUAUUGAUUGGCAAGAAAUUCAACCACCACCAGAAGGAACAGUUAUUCCAUAUUCAAAAUUACUUGAAGUAGAUGUUGAUGAUGCAAAAAAUUUCUUAGAUAAAUUAAUUGUUGUUAAACUUAAUGGUGGUCUUGGUACAACAAUGGGUUGUCAAGGACCAAAAAGUGUUAUUUCAGUACGAAGUGACUUAACAUUUCUUGAUUUAACAAUUCAACAACUUGAACAACUUAAUCGUCAAUAUGAUUGUGAUGUACCACUUGUUUUAAUGAAUUCAUUUAAUACACAUGAAGAAACAGAAAAAGUUCUUCAAAAAUAUAGCCAUGUAUCAGUUAAAAUUUAUAAUUUUCAUCAAUCAAAAUAUCCACGUGUUGAUCGUGAAACAUUAUUACCUGUUGCAAUGAAUAUGACUAGCUCAGAAAAUGAAUGUUGGUAUCCACCAGGUCAUGGAGAUGUCUAUCAAUCAUUUUAUAAUUCGGGUUUACUUGAUCAAUUUAUUGAACAAGGAAAAGAAUAUAUGUUUUUAAGUAAUAUUGAUAAUCUUGGAGCAACUGUUGAUUUAUAUAUUCUUAAACAUCUUUUAACUGAUGAAACAAAACAUGAAUUUGUUAUGGAAGUAACAGAUAAAACACGAGCUGAUGUUAAAGGUGGUACUUUAAUUGAAUAUCAAGGAAAAUUACGUUUACUUGAAAUAGCUCAAGUACCAAAAGAUCAUGUUGACGAAUUUAAAAGUGUUUCUAAAUUUCGAAUUUUUAAUACAAAUAAUUUAUGGGUUAAUCUUCCAGCAAUUAAACGUAUUAUUGAAGAUAAAACAUUACAUAUGGAAAUUAUUGUUAAUCAUAAAGCAUUGGAUAAAGGUAUUAAUGUUAUUCAAUUAGAAACAGCUAGUGGUGCAGCAAUUAAAAGUUUUGAAGGAGCACAAGGUAUUAAUGUUCCACGUCGACGUUUCUUACCAGUUAAAACAACGUCUGACCUUUUACUUGUUAUGUCCAAUUUAUUUACACUUACUCGUGGUAAUUUAGUUAUGAAUAAACAACGUUCAUUUCCUACAGUACCACUUGUUAAACUUGGUACAAGUUUUAUUAAAGUUAAAGAUUUUCUAUCACGCUUUCAAAGUAUACCUGAUUGUCUCGAACUUGAUAGUCUUACAGUAUCUGGCGAUGUUACAUUUGGUAAAGGUGUUUCAUUGCGUGGUACGGUAAUUAUUAUUGCAAAUCAUGGUGAUCGAAUUGAUAUACCACCAGGUGCAAUUCUUGAAAACAAAAUCGUAUCGGGCAAUUUACGUAUUCUUGAACAUUAA